GCAGCGGCUAACACAGUGUCACUUAGGAACACAUAACACACAAAACAUAACAUUUCAUUACAUUUCAUGUUUCAUAUGUUGAUAUAAUCUAUACCUGCUCUCACUGUCGUGUAUGUGCGUGUCUGCAACACAACACCAUGUGUUAAUGUUGUGUACAGUACACACAACAUAACAUAAAUCAUAGUAAAUGUUUUUUCAGCCAUUACAUAUUACAGAGGAAAAAAAGAAAGAAAAAGAAAGAGUAGGUGGUGUAGCUGUAGAAACUAUAGUUGUAGUAGUAAUUGCAAUACAAUACUUGGACUGUGACACUGCUCUUUCUGCCUCUCUUCAUUCUCGUGAUUACCAUUUCAACCUUUUCUGUUUUCUCUUUCCUCAUUCACUUCCUUUUUUUUCUCUCUCUGUCUCUUUCAAAGUUCAAACCCUAGCCAUAGCCUUUUGAAUCUUCCUCUUUGCUUUGUUUCCAUGUUUUGGGGUCUUUGAAUUCUCCUUCGCACCGCUGUUUCUGGGCUUUCCCUGUUGUUUCAGGUUCGAAUGCUGCAUUUUAUAAUCAGUAAAGGGACUCAAGUUAACCAAUCAAUUCUGUUGAGAACUAUGACCGAAGACAAACCUGAAGGAUGCCCUUUGCAGUUUUUACUUCUUUGCAAUUCUCUGUGACUCAUCUUUAGAAUUGGGCUGAAGCAAAGUUGCCUGUUUUAUUGUCAACUUACAAAUACAUCUAUCAAAUAUGGAUAUCUCUGCCAAUACUUGUGAGAUAGUGGAAUCGAGGGAAGAGAUAAUUUCGGAGUUCAAAAUGGAUGAAAAACCUGAGAGUAGUUGUGCCCACAAAUCAGGAAACAAGUAUUCAAUAGAGGAUGAUAUUAACCGUCUUUUCCAGUCUAUUGACAUUAAAAGUACUUCUAGAGGUCUUAGUACAUCACGCUUACAAAAGAGUGCCCUUAAAAGGCCAAUAAAAGUAAAUUCUUCUCAGGCAUCAGGAAUUGGCAUCUCAGAGCCUGUAAGUUUGAAGCAAGCACUUAGAGGGUUGUGUAUCUCACAGGCCUCGGAAAUGGCUGCUUUGAAGAGAUUAUCAAAGCCACCCGGUUCAUCUAGAGUAUCAGAGGCUGGAACCAUAAAAAAGUUGUACACUGCAGUGGUAGAUGAGGGAAAAGGGAACUUGGUUGAAAUCUCCUUAGUGCCAGAGAUAUCUACUCCUUCUGAUAAAUUGCCUGAUGUAGCAAUGUCAAGUGCAGGAGUUAAUCGUAUUAUUCCUUUGGUUGACACAACAAAAGCAAAAGAAAUGGCAACUGGGUUUUCUACCCAAGAUCAGAUUGUUCCUCAACCACUAGAGGUUGAGAGUGACAAGCCAGUCAUGGGGAUCAGAAAACCCAUAAUUGCAAAUUUGUCACCAGUUGCCUCUGCAAGUGAGGAAGUGGCUGAGGUCAGAGUGGAUCCUGCUUCCUCAAGCAAAGCUUCUAUUGGUUCUUCGCUGCCAGAUGAGGGGCAGGAAGCAAAUUUACAUUCUGCAUCCUGUCCACCUAGCUCCAGCAAUGGUAAUGGAGUGGAUAAACCCACAAACAGUAUCACAUGUUUGUCAAGGCCAAUAUUCAAUAACUUGAACUUCCUUAAGAAAAAAGUAAAGCAAGACAUAAGUUCUGCCUCAAGCUGCCCUACACCAUGUAUAAAAAAUGAUUUGGGUUCUAUUACAAGUAAUUUGGACAAGGAGACUUGCAAUUCUUAUUUGAAGCAUGAAGUAAAAGAAAAUGAGAAACAGUCUCCUACCAGUUCAAAUCAUAGCAUUGAAGUUAACUCAAUUAAUGUUGGUACGGAUUCAAGCAAACCUGGUUUCAGCUUGAAUUGCAGCAAGAGAACCAAGUUUCUGGUGACAAAAGUUGAUGAGAAAUCAAGAUCGAAGGAAAAAGGUGAGUUCUCCCAGAGCUCAAAAAGUAGCAUUGGGGAGUAUAGUAGUAGCACAAGCAUCAGUGGGGAAAGCAAUUUAAGUGGUUCCAGUCGCUGUGGCCACAGGCCUCACAUGUCAAAACACUUGAGAUGGGAAGCUGUUCGUGCAGUUCAGCAGCAGCAUGGUAAUUUAAAUUUGAGGCACUUUAAGUUGCUCAGGAGGCUUGGUAGCGGGGACAUUGGAACUGUUUAUCUAGCAGAACUAAUUGGUACAAGCUGCCUUUUUGCUCUUAAAGUGAUGGACAAUGAGUUUUUGGCAAGCCGGAAGAAAAUUUUCAGGGCCCAAACUGAACGAGAUAUCCUUCAGAUGCUGGAUCAUCCAUUUCUUCCUACGCUUUAUUCCCAUAUUGCAACAGAUAAGCUCUCUUGCUUGGUUAUGGAAUACUGUCCAGGUGGAGAUCUUCAUGUGCUGCGACAGAGGCAACCAUAUAAAAGUUUUUCAGAACAAGCAACUAGGUUUUAUGUUGCUGAGGUUCUUCUUGCCCUGGAGUAUUUGCACAUGCUGGGAGUUGUAUAUCGAGAUCUAAAGCCAGAAAAUAUUCUAGUUCGAGAAGAUGGCCACAUUAUGCUGACAGAUUUUGACCUGUCACUCAGAUGUUCUGUCAAUCCAAUGUUGGUCAAGUCAUCAUCACCUGACACAGAUGUGACAAAGAAGAUGUCCAGUCCUUGUUCACAGGCUAGCUGCAUACACCCUUUCUGUCUCCAACCAGAUUGGCAAGUUUCCUGCUUUACUCCCAUUCUAUUAUCUGCCGGAGCAAAGUCAAGAAAGAUGAAGGCUGACAUAGCUGCUCAAGUUGGUCCACUCCCACAGCUUGUAGUGGAGCCCACCAGUGCACGAUCUAACUCCUUUGUUGGAACCUAUGAAUAUCUUGCACCAGAGAUCGUCAAAGGGGAGGGUCAUGGGAGUGCCGUAGAUUGGUGGACUUUUGGUAUAUUAUUGUUUGAGCUUUUAUAUGGUAAGACUCCCUUCAAGGGCCCAUCAAAUGAAGAUACAUUAGCCAAUGUUGUGUCACAAAGCCUCAAGUUCCCAGGUGCUCCAAUAGUCAGUUUUCAUGCAAGAGAUUUGAUCAGAGGAUUGUUGAUAAAGGAUCCUGAAAAUCGAUUAGGAUCUGUAAAAGGUGCUGCUGACAUAAAACAGCAUCCUUUCUUUGAAGGCCUCAACUGGGCUUUAAUACGAUGUGCGGCACCACCAGAGCUCCCCAAGUUUCAGGAUUUUGGGAGUUGUGCUCCAUCUUUGGCUGCACAGAAGGAGAAUGCUAAUGAGUUAGAGGAUACAGAAGAUUAUGAAGAGUUUGAGCUGUUUUAGUUAGACUCGGCUUCCUUCCCGUACCCCUGUUUUCUUUUUUCUUUCUUAUGUGGGGUAGGGAAUUGAAUUGAAGUUGACUUGGUUUCAAAACCUGUUCUCAUCCAUGUAACACUUAGUAUAGCUUAUAGCAUAAAUGUAAUUCAAACAUCGUGACAAAUAGAUAGAUUAGUAUAUGUUUAUACUGGACUAGAAGUUGCAAAUCAAAAAAGGAAACAUGAAAAUUUCUCCGGUUUGUCUGUUGGCCAUUUCAGCCGCUAUAUGAUAUUAUCAAUGGAUAUUUUCUUUUCCCUUUUUCGCUUUUCUUCACAGUUGAGACAUUGUCACAUUCCUUUAUCUUUUCUUUUUGUUGUUUAUGAUACUCUAGUCAGUUAGUUGUAUACUUUGUACAGAUACUUAGCACAGUACUUAUGCCAAAAGUUGUUUUAAAAAAAUCAUUUUGUUAUAGGCAUUUACAAUUAUGCAAUUCGUUGAGAUAACUUCCAUUUCUG